UGCCUGCGGCACAGCACCCCGGUCCUCCUGCUCCUCCUGCCCGCUCUCAGCGCGGCCCUCAGAUGCGCCAACCUUCGCACCCAACAGAGCACCUUCAACUGGGACAGCCUCCAGCUCCUCCACGCCAUGGCUCCCAGCCCGCCUCAGCCCUGCGCCCAACACGACCCACCUUUCCCCUUCCCCGACACCCUCCUGGCAAUCCAGUCCCCACAACAAGCCCCCGCCGCCAUCCUCCGCGUCCUCCAGCACCUCUUCACCACUCUCAGCAACGAAAACACCCCCGCGCACUGGGACAGCCAAGCCCACCAACAGCUCCUCAACCAGCUCCACGACCAAAUCCAACUCCUCCAGCAAUGCCUCCCUCGCGCCGACGCGGAUGUCAAAAGCCAAGGGCCCCGCAACGCCUGGCUCACCAUCAACGGGUACUUCCGGCGCAUCCAGGACUUCCUCCGCACAAACCACCACAGCCCCUGCGCCUGGGACAAAGUCGGCCUCGAA